CAGGUUCGAGCGGCCCGGACGCCGGCAGGGCGGCCGAGGCUGCUGUGAGAGGGCGCUCGAGGCCGCUAGAGAGCGAACAGCCGAAGGAGGCGGGGAGUCGGCGGCCGCACUCGCUCGCCUGCUCGCUCGUUUCCCGGCACCGUUGCGGGACCGUCGCUGCGCUUCCUGCCCUCCAGCCGCUCCGUGGCGCGCCGCCGGAGCAGCCGCCCCUCGGCCGGGUCCCCACUCCGGUCAGGAGUCGUGCGCACCGGCGGACACCGCGCGGAGGGCGAGCCGGCGCCACACCUGUGGAGCCGGCGGGCGUCGGGGGUCCCGGCCGGGGUCCCGCCGCGUGCGUGCUCGGGGCUGCGGGCCUCCUGGGCUCUGGGGGAGGCGCGUCCCCCGGCUGGGCGACGCGGGCACCAUGGGGCUCCCCGCGCUCGAAUUCAGCGACUGCUGCCUCGACAGCCCGCACUUCCGAGAGACGCUCAAGUCGCACGAAGCGGAGCUGGACAAGACCAACAAAUUCAUCAAGGAGCUCAUCAAGGACGGGAAGUCACUCAUCAGCGCGCUCAGGAAUUUGUCUUUGGCGAAGAGGAAAUUUGCCGAUUCCUUAAAUGAAUUCAAAUUUCAGUGCAUAGGAGAUGCAGAAACAGAUGAUGAAAUGUGUAUAGCAAGGUCUUUGCAGGAGUUUGCCACUGUCCUCAGGAAUCUUGAAGAUGAGCGGAUACGGAUGAUUGAGAAUGCCAGCGAGGUGCUCAUCACUCCCUUGGAGAAGUUUCGAAAGGAGCAGAUUGGGGCUGCCAAGGAAGCCAAGAAGAAGUAUGACAAGGAGACAGAAAAGUAUUGUGGCAUCUUAGAAAAACACCUAAAUUUGUCUUCCAAGAAGAAAGAAUCUCAGCUUCAGGAGGCAGACAGCCAAGUAGACUUGGUCCGGCAGCAUUUCUAUGAAGUAUCGCUGGAGUAUGUCUUCAAGGUGCAGGAAGUCCAAGAGAGAAAGAUGUUUGAGUUCGUGGAACCUCUACUGGCAUUCUUGCAAGGACUCUUCACUUUCUAUCACCAUGGUUAUGAACUGGCCAAGGAUUUCAGUGACUUCAAGACUGAGUUGACCAUUAGCAUACAGAACACGAGAAAUCGCUUUGAAGGCACCAGGUCAGAAGUGGAAUCACUGAUGAAAAAGAUGAAGGAGAAUCCCCUCGAGCAUAAGACCAUCAGUCCCUACACCAUGGAAGGGUACCUGUACGUUCAGGAGAAACGUCACUUUGGAACUUCUUGGGUGAAGCACUACUGUACAUAUCAACGGGAUUCCAAACAAAUCACCAUGGUACCAUUUGACCAAAAGUCAGGAGGAAAGGGGGGAGAAGAUGAAUCCGUCACCCUGAAAUCCUGCACCCGGCGGAAAACAGACUCUAUCGAGAAGAGGUUUUGCUUUGACGUAGAAGCAGUAGACAGGCCAGGGGUUAUCACCAUGCAGGCGUUGUCGGAAGAGGACCGGAGGCUCUGGAUGGAAGCCAUGGAUGGCCGGGAGCCUGUCUACAAUUCGAACAAAGACAGUCAGAGUGAAGGAACUGCACAGUUGGACAGCAUUGGCUUCAGCAUAAUCAGGAAAUGCAUCCACGCUGUGGAAACCAGAGGGAUCAAUGAGCAAGGGCUCUACCGAAUCGUGGGGGUCAAUUCCAGAGUGCAGAAGCUACUCAGUGUCCUGAUGGACCCCAAAACAGCUUCUGAAACAGAGACCGAUAUCUGUGCUGAAUGGGAGAUAAAGACGAUCACUAGUGCUUUGAAGACCUACCUAAGAAUGCUUCCAGGACCACUCAUGAUGUACCAGUUUCAAAGAAGUUUCAUCAAAGCAGCAAAGUUGGAAAACCAGGAGUCUCGGGUCUCUGAAAUCCACAGCCUUGUUCAUCGGCUCCCAGAGAAAAAUAGGCAGAUGUUACAGCUGCUUAUGAACCACUUGGCAAAUGUUGCUAACAACCACAAGCAGAAUCUGAUGACAGUGGCAAACCUCGGCGUGGUGUUUGGACCCACCCUGCUGCGUCCUCAGGAAGAAACAGUAGCAGCCAUCAUGGACAUCAAGUUUCAGAACAUUGUUAUUGAGAUCCUAAUAGAAAAUCACGAAAAGAUAUUUAACACCGUGCCUGAUACACCUCUCACCAAUGCCCAGCUGCACCUGUCCCGGAAGAAGAGCAGUGACUCCAAGCCCCCUUCCUGCAGCGAGAGGCCCCUGACGCUCUUCCACGCCAUGCAGUCAGCAGAAAAACAGGAACAAAGAAACAGCAUCAUCAACUCCAGUUUGGAAUCUGUCGUCUCAUCAAAUGCAAAUAGCAUCCUUAAUUCCAGCAGCAGCUUGCAGCCCAACAUGAACUCCAGUGACCCGGACCUGGAUGUGCUCAAACCCACCCGGCCCAACUCACUUUUUUUUCUUAGAGUAUCACAAUGCCCAAAAUCCAUGAAAAGAGAAAGGGCAGGCCUGGAAAGCAAACCUCAGAGGGACCGCAGUGCUGCCGGUGAUUGUGUGCCCUCUCCUGAGAGCCCCCCGAAUCCAAGCCCAACUUCACCCCUCUCGCCAUCUUGGCCCAUGUUCUCGGCGCCAUCCAGCCCUAUGCCCACCUCAUCCACGUCCAGCGACUCAUCCCCCAUCAGCACACCGUUCCGGAAGGCAAAAGCCUUAUAUGCCUGCAAAGCUGAACAUGACUCAGAACUCUCGUUCACAGCAGGCACGGUCUUCGACAAUGUUCAUCCAUCUCAGGAGCCUGGCUGGUUGGAGGGGACUCUCAACGGGAAGACUGGCCUCAUACCUGAGAACUACGUGGAGUUCCUCUAACCGUGGGCCCCAGCAGACCUGCUGAGCUUUCCAUUGUAUCCAUGACAACUGCUGAUGCCAGUGUUGUAGGCCAUUUCUCUUUGCCGCUGAGAAAUGCGGGGUGAUUGACUCUGUUACCACCUGCCAACACAAAUGUUUUUGUGAACUCUGGUGUCACCCAUCCCCAUGAUCAUGUCGACUGGCAUGUGGUGAUACAGCAAGGAACAGAAGUAAAUCAGCAGUGGAGGCCAUUUGAUUUUGAUAAUCGAGGGAAAGGCUUGCAAAGCCAUUCCUCUCAUUUAGUGCCCUAAAUAGGGAGCAUUCAUUUUGUUUCAACAGUCAUCCAAACCCCCAAACUUCCAAAAAAGGAAGUAAGAAAGAUAUAAGUAGUCCUCAAGAGCAUGCAGGGAAGCUAGGUCUAACAGGGCUGGGCAUUGGCUCUGAGGCCCAGGCUGGGCCCGUUGCUUCUGUUUACAGUAGACACUCUCUCUACCCCACCUCUAAAUACUUGAGACCCACAGUGCUACAGGCAGCUGGGUCUGUCUGUUUGCAUGCAGGAGGGAGAUGGUUUACGGCACUGUUUACAUAAGAUGCAAUCUCUCGCCAUCUCCAAGCAGCCUUGGCCAAGCAUCAGCAGAAUUCAGCUCAGUCCUCCCGUGCAAGGGAACACACACACCCCACAUUACCCCUCCCAAGCUAGGAACUUUUCUGCCACCCAGGGCUGCCAUCACCUCGUAACCACGGCAACCCAACCUACUCUGAAGCCAAACCAAAAAUAUAGCACUCUUUUUGCAAGACAUAUUUUUUCUCCCUCCUUUUUGGCCAUUUUUGAAUGAUUUUCCAACAACCUGAAGCAGCAGAUCAAGGGAUUAGAGUGGUCUGCUUGGGGCUGACAGAAUAGCAGCUGGGAACUCUUCCCUUUCUGAUGAAUUUCAGCAGCAUCAAGAUAUAUUUGGAGCAAACUCUAGUAACCUCUUGAGAUUAAAUUACAUACAGGCUUAAUACUCCUGUUCUUCCAUACAACUAGCUUUGCUUUCUAGGGGGCAAUAUGCUGCCUCCUCAUGGGUGACAUCCUCUCCCCCCCUUUGACUUGUUCACUCGUGGUCUCCCAUUCCGUGUCCCUUCCCCUGCCCUUGACUGCCUCUAGCCCCUCCCUGACCAGCCCCACUGGCAGUGCCCUGGGCUGCUGAGCACUGGUGCCCCGGCGGCUUUCAAGGAUGAUUCCCGGGCUAACCCUAUGGCCUGUAGUUUUAAAGGACGUAUAUGUUCACUGCCACUCAGAAAAAGGGAAUUGUUUCUCAGGCUUUUGAGGCACAAGACUAAUAUUGUAAGCCAUUUUGAUUCAGGAGAAUACCAAAAGGCUGGGGCAUGGAAGGUGGAAUGGGUACCUUCUGAGAAAGAGAAUUUCCCUGUCCAGAAGGGGCCAGGUCUUGUGGAAGACUGCCAGGGGGGGAGGUUGGGUCUGGACAUUUCACAUUCACUUGGUCUUCAAAGGAACAGAGUUCCCAGUAUCUUCCACAUUCGAAUGUCCUUGCAAGAGUGACUCUGGGCAGACAGACUCCAAACUGGUGUUGGACUGUCAAGCUCCCCAGGAGCCCUCUCGGGUUGGCAGCAUCACCCCAGAGUGUUUCCCACUUCUGGAAUUCCUCUUUAGGGAAGUUGAAAGAAGAAAAGAAAAACUUGAAUUGUGUUGAAUUACUGUAUCUUUUACUUUUUUUUUUGAAAAGAUAAACUUGUAAAUAGAGUGAUUUGAAAUUAUAUGGCAAAGUUUUAUAUUUGAUAAUCUUUAAGCUAGUAGCUCCACACAUUUAAGCUUUGGUUGGUGAGUAGGUGUGUGUAAGAAGGAGAGAGAGGAGGUGAGGUUGAAGAGGGUCAAGGUCAUCCCCUCUCUGGCCUCGAGGAAGGAGGACACAUUUACCCACUCUCUGCUGGCUCUCGCUGGCAGGCAUGACACACUGAUGGUAUUCAGUUGUCUUUAGCCACAUGUGUUUUUGAGCUUUCCUUGGGCUUUGAAUUUGGAGAGAGAAAGCAUUUUCAGGCAAUGAAUUUUUAAAAGAACGCUUGCUUGGUAGUAAGAUGAAGCUCAGGAUUCCCAUAGGUGGGGCCAGGAGUUAGAUUUUUUUUUUUUUUUUCAUUUUUCUUCUCAGGUGUAUUUCUUGGUACCCCAAUAUGUCAGGACAGAAGGCGACGGGGUCGUCGCAUGUUCCUCAUAUCUCACUCCUCUGCACAUCUUCUGAGGUUGUACACAUGAGGCCGAGCUAUUUUGUAAAUGUUGUGUGUGUGUCUAAGUUGUAGGAAAAACUGGCUUCUUAGGAUCUUGGGUCCUCAAUAUGCUGCUGUUUUCCCUUUCCCUAAAUAUUUCCCUUCUUGUUCAUCUCAAAUUUCCUAUAACCCCAAAAUAAAAACUCCAAAGAGGGACGUAGGAUGUAGGCUGUGCUGUUGUUACAGCUUUAUAGAUAAUUUUAAAUUUAAAGGAGUUUGUCGUUGUGAUUCAGUUCAUCAGCUCAAGGAUUACACAGCUAUUAUGGAACAGCUCAACCAACAGCAAGCGAGGCACUACCACUACCAAUUCAGGGAAUGAGAACUAAGACUGGAUAAGACCAAGAUAGGACUCAGGAAAGCUAUUCACUGAAAACUCGAGAAGAAGGAGAACACACCAACUGGCUACACUUACUCCCUGUAGACUUGGAACAGCUCAGGAACCUGUUCAGUGGAGCUUGAGGGGACAAGCAUGUUCUGUGCCACUGUGCUUUCUAAAUGGCAAGAACUCCACAUAAUGAGUUUUUAUUGUUGUUUUUUUUUUUUAACACAUUUGAUGUUUUAAAUUGUCACCUGCCUCACUGGACCCUUAACUAGAGCUAACGUGGAGGAGCAGAAGGCCCAGGCCCUGAUUUGGGGAGCUCCUCCCUGAAACAUAGCUGUCGACACUUGGCCCCAGCUUGACCACUUGGAAGGCUGUCCCUCCCUCUUCAGUUGGCCCUGAUUUGAAGCCGGAAGGAAAUGGUAGUGUCGCCAAUGUGAAUUUGUAGGUAGACCCCUUCCCAGCUUCCCUGUGGUCAUGCUGGGCCUGUGACAGAUGGCUGCCCUGCUUCCUUUCCCCAGCCAGGCUCACCUCCUCCUCAUUUGCUGCAGAACUGGAGAUACCAUUAACGAUAUGAGCCAACAAAUAGGGAAGGAAUUUGACCACUAAAAGUCGGUUUUACCCUCUCUACCGUCUAUGCCCCCCACCCCUAAUUCUGCUUGAAUAGGGAACUUUACGGCACAUUAGGAGAGUGAACAAGGUAUCAGAAUGGAGGACUAUGGACCAAGAUCCCUGAGCUUUCCCAGAAACCUUGUGUUUCUUUUCUAAGGCCCUAUGAUCAUGCACACAGAACCUGAAUCUUUACUUGGGCAUUAUGAUCCAUCUCAUUCCUCCUUCAGGUACUCAAAGAAUUCCACAGCUACAGAAUUCCAUGCUGUGAAAGAUAACUAGUUUCAAAUCCCUGCCCCCAAAUCCCUUGCUCAGGACUGAUGAUAUUCUCUUCCAUUUUCAAAAAUUGACGUAUAGGGAUGGACCCUGUGUAGCACAGCCUUCCUUAGUAUCCUAUAAUUGGAGCCAGUUUCUCUCUUAGUGUUUUAAUAUCUCUACGGCCAAUAUGUGUUUACCUCUGUCAGACCAAACUGUCUUUUUCAACGUAAUUCUAGUUCAUCCCUUUUUGCUGAGUGCUUUUUAGAGAGAGAGGCAAAGAGAAAGAAGCUAAGCAAUCAAGCAUUGGCAGAUUGGCAUUAGCAGGACAGAGCCAUGCUAGUGACAAGACCAUUUCAGGCAUUCCCAGGACUGCACAAUUGUGUGUGCCAUGCCUGUAGCUCAGAGGGAAGUCCUUCUACAAAUUGUGUCUCCUGACAACAGCGAGCCCAGUCACCCCAGAAGUUCUGUCUUGACUACAGAGACUACAAAAGCAUCCAUGGUUGAAGAGUGGGGAGACAGAAAUAGUCAGCUAAAGGUAAUUUGAUCCCCUAUUCAUGACUCUUUAUUGGCACUUUUCAUCCUCUGGCUUCUGCCUCCAAAAGCAAGUCUGGACCAAAGUUUUAUAAACACAGGAGUCCCAGGUACAACAGUGGCCACCAUGGCACUCACAGUCGCCCUAGUACAGAAUGUUUUAUGAGCUACCAUAUUACCACAGUAGGUAGCCAGCCUUGAAGAAAUCAAAUAGCUACCUGACUUUAAAAGGAAUGUCCUAGGUGUUCUAUCUCCAGAGUUAUCUGUCAUCUCUGGCAAACCUGACAGUAAUCAAUUACCUAGACAGCCCUGCCCCACAUGUCUUUUAAGUCAACUGGGUGUCCUCUCACACACCCUUAGCUGGUGUUUAAAAAAUUUAUCUCGUGUUCAAAUGUGUUUGGCAGCCUUGCUGAUCGGCUGGGUGCUGAACCACUUCUCUGUAAUUGUAGCAUCAAAAUGACAACAGCAGAGAAAUGAACCUUGCACAAUCCUAUAGCAUGCCUGAGACUAGACUCCAACAAGUAAUAAUUAGCUUUUUUCCUUGCGCCACCUACAGUACUUGUCUAACUAAAGAACUUCCCAAAGCAGAGAGAGAGACCAUAUAGAGAAUCCAGAUGUCAUUCAGAGCCACCAGCCCUUGCUGAAAUGUGGUCCUCUGAAGGAAGCGUUGUAUUCUGGGGUGAAAAGGUUUGGAUGUCAAGUAGCACGAGGCGCAGAGAGAAAGAAAAAUAUGAACCACCUUGAAGAACUUGGGAUGUUUUUCCUAAGAGGGAUAAAUACAGUUCUUAACAGGGAAAAAUCGGCCACAGAAGAAGUUCACAACUGAUAUUUUUACAAAAGUUUUUAGAGGACUCUACAAGGUGGAAAUGUCUUUCAAGGUUUGGAAUGCUAUAGCGAGCAAAGGCUUGGCACAGUCCUAGACCCAUAUAAGAAUAGCAGUUAAUAUUACAUGAAAAUUCUUUUGAGUGUAAUCAGAACCAGAGUAUUGAUAAUCAAAAUGUCCAGUUUCCCUGGAGUGGUCCUGGAGAGGUCAAGACAUUCUACACGUACCAUUUCUACAAAGUUGUCCCAGCAGACACCUACAAGCAACUACCUUGGGUGUCCAGGUGCCAGGAUCACCCUGGUACCUGUGGAAAGAGGUUCAUCUGAAGAUUCUAAAGUGUCUGUGUGUUAGCAUGUGUUUGUGCAUGUGUAUGUAAAGCACACAUCUGCAUCUGUAAAGACACAGAAGCUCUAUAUAGAGACCCACAGAAGCUGGCAGUUGCUGAGCCUUUGCAGCCUUUAAGAUUUAGAAUUUGAGAAUAAGAGAAACGAGAGGCUGUUGAUUGGCAAAAUGAUCAAAGUUGUAAAUUAAGUGCCAUUUUAAAGCUUCGUGUUUAUCAAAUGGUUACUACAGCUGUAUUCUUUAUUAACUUAUUAAAAGUCGUGUUGGAAAACAGAUCAAACUCAUAAACCUUUAGUAGCUAAUACUAGCCUGGUGGUCACAAGCACUCUAAAAGACAUUUUGUCCAUAUUUUGGAGACGAAAAUAUUUGCAUGUUUAUCUCCUAAUUUAGGCUACCUUUGAGUAUACUGUAAAGUGCUAUGUGAUAUAUUAUCAAUAAAGUACUUAAAAAUGGCACUUUAAUUUUUUUAAACCAUAAAUUAUGCACUGUUUUAAACUUCAGUAUUGAAUAUUGACUGGUGUGUAGAAUCCAACUCUGUAAUUAAAAAGUAAUUUGUGACUAGAAUAGAACUUUUUUCCCCGUUCUUAGUAAAAUAGUCUUGCCAUGAUAAGGCUGUUUUUUUAAAAUGUGCUUUUGCGUCACUAAGCAUAUCUAUAAGGAAAAUCCAGUUUCUGUUGAGUGGCCUCUGAAACUUGGCUUUGUUUCAUUUGCUUGGUUUAUGUGACAAUCCUUACGAAAUGAGUGGAAGUAUGAUUUUUGAAUUAAAUGACUUUUCCAUUUGG